AUGACUCUCUGUUUGAACCGUCUUCAGGAAGAGCGGAAGCAGUGGCGCCGUGACCACCCCUUCGGCUUCGUCGCGAAGCCCCAACGCACCCCGCAGGCUACUCUGGACUUGAAGCGCUGGGAGUGCGCUAUCCCUGGAAAGAAGGACACUCUUUGGGAGGGAUGUGUGCUGAAGCUGGAGCUUAUCUUCCCCGACGAAUACCCAACAAAACCUCCCAAGUGUAAAUUCACUCCCCCGCUUUUCCACCCUAAUGUCUACCCAUCCGGCACGGUCUGCCUCUCAAUCUUGAACGAGGAGGAAGCAUGGAGACCCGCAAUCACGAUCAAGCAGAUUCUCCUGGGUAUUCAGGAUCUGCUUAACGACCCGAACCCUGAAUCACCCGCGCAGGCCGAUGCAUACAAUCUAUUCAAGAAGGAUCGUCCUGCAUAUGAGCGUCGUGUGCGCCAGGUUGUCAGGGAAAACCCGCCGAUGUAA